AUGUCCACACCGGCGGUCACCACUCCGGCGAAAGUCGCCACCGCGGCGGACAUCGAACCCGCCACCAUGACGGUCACCCCGGCGAACACCGUACCCGCCACCUCGACAGUGACCGCGAAGGCUUCGGUCGAUCCGACGAACAAACGUCGAUCGCCACCAGAAAAGUUCGUGGGGAACGCGAGGCACGCGAGCAUGCCGCAAAUAGAUCCUCAACCUCGUCGUCUGCAGGAAACUGCGAUGAAUUCCGCCACGAAGUCCGCCAAAGAGCAGACGGCGCUCCAGCAGCGUCAGCAGCACGGCAGGUCGAACAGCGCGACAACGUCGACGGCGGCUGAGAGGGGUGUGCACCGCGUCUUUGGAGGAAGCGGUGGAGGUGGUGCCGGUGGAAGUAGUGGAGGCGGUGUCGGAGCGGGGUUCAAGAGCAAGUUGCGCAACUCGUUUCGGACGACCGCCAAGAGGAUCCGGCAGCAGCAAUCGGCCAUCGACGCGCUGGCCAAGAACAGCCAGAUGCUCGGGCUGCACAACCUCCAGGACAGUCCCAGGACGAUGCAGGUGCAAAGGGCCUUUGGCCGGGUAAGUGGCAUGCGAUUAACGGUGAUAUGA